AUGGAACCGGCACUUGUCCUGGAUCGCCAGGAAUGCAUCCGUCAGCUCAAUUCGUGCAGGACUCUGGCCUCGGUGCGGCAAAUCCAUGCUCAGAUUCUCGAAUCCCAGAUCGCCACCGAUGAUACCUUCGUCUUCAACAAGCUCAUCGAGGUCUACGGCAAGUGUGGGGGUAUCAAGCAUGCCGAGGAGGUGUUCCAAAGCAUGGAUUAUUCGCGCGAUUCCAUCUCCUGGGAUUUCAUGCUCACUGCCUACUCGAGGAACGGGAACCUGGAAGAGUCGAAGCAACUCUUUGAUAGGAUGCCUCGUAAAGGACUCAUUGCCUGGACUGUUAUGCUGAGAUCGUAUGCUCAAUCUGGGCUUAUCGAUCAGGCAAGAGAGAUGCUGGAUCGAAUGCCAGAGCAUGACACCACAUCCUUAAACACGAUGAUUUCUGCAUAUGCCCAAAACGGGUAUUUUGAUGAAGCCGAGCUUUUGUUUAGUGAGAUGCCUGUACCGGAUCUUGUUUCGUGGAACACCAUUCUCUCCGCUUACACACAAAGCGGCAGAAUAGACCACGCAAAGAUAGUGUUUUUCAAGAUUCCACUCAGGACGCUGGUUUCCUGGAACACUUUCUUGUCUGCAAAUACCCAAGCUGGUAAUAUCAAUGAAGUGUUGCUUGUGUUCCAGAUUAUGCCCGAGCACAAUUCAGUCUCCUACACUGCUCUCUUGUCAUCUCUUGCGCAAACCGGGCAUCUGAGUGAAGCAAAGAGAGUCUUUGAUUCAAUGCCCGAGCAGAGCCUCGUUUCUUUUACAGCAAUGCUUUCGGCAUACGCCCAAAAUGGGCAUCUUGAGGGUGCGAGGGAGCUCUUUGAUCGCAUGCCGGAGCACGACUCCGUCUCGUGGAACGCUAUGCUCUCUGCAUAUGCACAAAACGGAAGGAUGGGAGACUCCGAGAGGCUGUUUGGCAGUAUGGCUCACAAGGAUAUAGUGAUGUGGAAUGCAAUGUUGUGUGCGUAUGCUCAAAACGGGUAUACUGAUAAAACUCAAGAAAUCUUCAACCAGAUGCAUCACCAUAGCUUGGUCUCGUUGAAUGCAAUGCUUGUCGCCUAUGCUUCUGCUGGAAGAGUCAGUGAUGCACUAGCGCUGUUCGAACAGAUGCCGGAGCGGAACGUCGGAUCUUGGAAUGCCAUGCUUGCUGCAUUUGGAUGUGGACGAAUAGAGGAAGCCAAGCAUCAGUUUGACACAAUGCCGGUGAGGAGCAUGGGGUCGUGGACGUCGAUGCUGGCUGCCUAUGCCCAAAACGGGCAUAUCAUGGAAGCCAAGAGGAUGUUUGACGAGAUGCCUCAACACGAUCUAGCCGCCUGGAAUUCACUCCUCCUCGCCGCUGCUCAAGACGACGAUCGAGAGCUCCUCAAUCGUGUUUUCUUGGCGAUGCCCCAGCGCGAUACCAGAUCCUGGGACAUCUUCCUGGCAGCCCAUUCUAGACCGAUCGAUCACGCCAACACGGCCUUGAAGAUCUUCGAAAGGAUGCCCGAGAGAGGUAGAGUUUCAUGGAGCACAGCGCUGACCGCGUGCGCCCACGCCAAGCUUGCGGCGGUCAACCUAUUCAACGCCAUGAAGACCGUGGAGCCUCCGUGCGAGAAAGAUUUCCUGGUCGCAUUGGUCAAUGCCCAAGAUCUAGACGCUGCCCGGCAAAUUUUCGUGUCGAUUGCUUUUGACUAUGGGCAAGAACCGACCACGCAACACUAUCUAGCCAUGGGCAAGAGAAAGUUUGACUAA